CGCAGGGCGUUGUUCUUCCAUAAUGAGACACUUUAUAACAGAACGUCAGCCCCUGGCAUCAAUCUAGUCCGACCGAGACUUCCAGAGGAACUACCGCUGCGCUCUUACUCUUUGGAGACAACUUGUUUUUUGUGAUUCUUGCUCCCGAAGCUCCUUGUUCUUCUUCUUUUUUUGUGGAAAUACAAGCAACCCGCUCUACAUCGCCUGUAAAGAUGCUGCUCCUACUACUGGGAAUCGUCCUGCUGCACGUCGCUGGACUGGUUCUCCUGUUUGUGUCAACAAUUGUCAGCGUAUGGACGACAGGUGAGACUGGCACCUCAGACCUCUGGAUAAACUGCUCCACUGCCAAUGGAGGUUACCACUGUGACCCAGCCACAUCUGGAGAGUGGAUUCAGGCGGUGCAGGCUCUAAUGAUCCUAUCCAUCAUCUUCAGCUGCCUGUCUCUCUUCCUCUUCUUCUGCCAGCUCUUCACUCUGCAGAAGGGAGGACGCUUCUUCAUCACCGGAACCUUCCAGAUCCUCGCCAGUUUGUUCGUGAUGAGCGGAGCCAUCAUCUACACGGUGAUGAGCACGGCUUGGGUGCCGGAGGCCAACGCCUUCGGCUACUCCUACAUCCUGGCGUGGGUGGCCUUCCCCUUGGCGCUGAUCAGCGGACUCAUCUACGUCAUCUUGAGGAAGCGAGAAUGAGCCGUCACUCCAUCCCAGUGUUCCCAGUAAAAAACCCCGGCCCUCCCCCCCCUGCGGCUGCCAGUGUCAUCAGUUCUCCUCCUCGAGUUUAAGUUGUGAUGUGAAAAGUAACCGACGGAGUCACCAGGCCAAUAAAGCCAGGUCACACC